AUGACCGAAGAAAUGCUGCAACGUUUGAUGGGAGUUAUAAGUACGCAAGCAUGCGUACGGACGGAUCUGGCUGCAGGCAGUUUCUCUAGAUGCACGGCCAGGUUCAACGGAUCGAGGAAUUCCGAGAAGGUCCAGGAAUUCACAACGACGAUUGUGCUGUACAAGGAUAUAGAGAGCAUACCCGACGAGAUGGCUCUGCGAGGUUUGCCACUACUGCUUCAAGACACAGCAGAUUUAUCACAUCAUAUAAAUCUUAUGCCGACCGCAACUGUUUAUGUUUUGGCAACAGGUAUUAAAACUAGUCCGUUACGUGUCAUUAUUGAUACAGCAAGCGAUCGCAACUAUGUGACUGAGUCAUUCUGUAAAUCCGCUCAACUAGAGAUAACACCGAUCGAGGCUCAAGUCAUUUCUAUUAUAGGUGUUUUAGAGGUUUUGAAUUCAAAAAGAUUAGAUGAAAAUCUUUUGAUAAAUACAAUUUGA